CCUGCCCUUCUCCCCUUGUGAGUGGUCAUCGCCGGAGGGCUUGCAUCCGGUUCCGCCCUGCCCCGGCCCCCACCCUCUCCGGCGACAUGACCGUCGCCAUGGCGGCCCCCCCGGCUGCUGCGCCGCUGGUCGGCGUGCUGAGCAAGCCGGCGGCUCGGUCCAGCACCCGGCCGGAUGCCGCGCGCAAGCGCGUGCGCUUUUCCCAGGGCGACAUCAUUGUCGAUGCCUCCCUCAAUGGCGAGGUGGCGGUCUUGCUGCAGCAUCUGGCCGCCCUGCCGGCGGGUCUGGCGGCCGAGGGUGCCGCGCGCCUGGCGGCCGCGCCCUGCUCGGCUGGCUGCUGGACGCCCCCCGGCCGCGCGGCGGCCACCCAGCCCCCCGGCUCCUGGUGCGGGUCGCUCCUGUGCGGGCCAUUUCGCUUUUUCGGGGCCCUGCGCGCGGCCCUGCACGAGGCCGGCCUCAAUGAGGACGAUCUGCCGGCGGUCCCCAGCCCGGACACCCUGCGGCAGCAGCUGGCCGGCGGGGACCUGCCACUGGGCGACCUGCCGGGGUCCGGUGCCGGGCCCACCCCGGCCGGGGCCUCGAUCUCCGUCAAUGAGCCCAACACGGCCGGCAUCUCGGCCCUGCACAAUGCCGCCUGGAGUGGCCGCGCCGAUGUGUGCGCCCUGCUGGUGCUGGUCGGGGCCGACAUCAACAGCUCCGAUCGGUAUGGCUGGACGCCGCUGCAUGCGGCCGCUCACUCCGGCGACCUGAGCACCAUCUGCACCCUGCUGCUGGCCGGCGCCGAUCCGGCGGCGCACACGCACGAGGGCGAGCCCGUCACCGACCUCAUCGAGCAGAAGAGCAUCCUGCAGGCCUUCCUGCUUCUACAGGACGGACAGAUUGUGGAGAAUGUCCUCGCCGGGGCGGGCGCCCUGCUGCUGGGCACGCCGGUCCAAGCCCCGGCCAUGAUGCCCGGGGGUACGACCGAUGGGGCUCCAGCGGCAGGGGGGUCGGCUCCCGUGGCCGGCACGACCGCCGGCCCUUGCACGUCGGAGGCCUGCGCGGCCGGGCUGCGUGCGGCCGUGGCUGCCCGCCAGCGUGAAGCCCAGGCCCAGGCCAAGACCGAUGCCGAGGCCCUCCGGAAGAAGCUGGAAUUCGAGCAUGCGGAGCAGCUCCGCGUCAGUCGUGCCGCCUCGGACGAGUCCCUGCGCGAGCUCCAGGCCGAGCUGCACACCCUGCGCAGCCAGCUGUCCCUGGUCCAGGGGCAGCUCCAGGCGGCCGUCACUUCGCGCGCUGCCGCCGAGGCGGUGACCGCCCAGUCGCGCGAGGCGCUGGCCCCCUCCCAGCAGCAGCUGGACUCCGCGCACCUGGUGACAUAUGGCCUGCGCGCCGAGUUGGCUCUCAGUCAGGAGACCGUUUCGCUGCUGAGCGACACCGUGGAGCAGCUCCGAAGCGAGGUGUCCUCCCUGGAGGAGGAGCGCACCUCCCUGCGUGCCGACCUCGAGUUGGCGACCGAGGCCGCGCGAACCGACGAGGGCCAGGCCCUGUCGCGCGCCGGGUCCCAGGCCUCCCUGGAGUCGCUCGAGAGCCAGGUGGCCAAACUCCAAGCGGACCUGGCCCAUUCGCAGGCCGAUGUGCAGAGUCUGACCGACGAGCAGGCCCGGCUGCGGGAGGCCAAUCAGAUCCUGCGGGCCGAGCUGGCCGAGCGUCGCAUGGCUCUGACCGACAUCCGAAAGGAGGCCCUCCGGCUGCAGGACGAGCUGGCCGAGAGCCGGCGCGAUGCGACCGCCAUGCGGUCCUCGACGGCCCUGUUGCAGGCCCGGUGGACCGAGGCCCUGGGCCGGGCGGCGGCCGCGCGCGAUGAGCUCGCCGCCUCCGAGUCGCUGGUGGCCGCCUCGGAGGAGGCUCUUGCGGCGGCUCGGCGCGAGGCCGGCCAGGCCCGGGCCGAUGCCGAUGCCGCGCGCGUCGAGGCCGCCACCUCCAAGCGCCGUGUGACGGACCUCCAGCGGCGCGUGGACCGCCUGGCCAACGAGCCCUGCUCCCGGUGCCAGGCCGGCGGCGGCGGCGGCGGCGGCGGCAUGGGGGCCGACCUGUCCGGCGGCGGCCGGAGCCCGGGAGGGGCCUCCCUGGCCGAUGCCGGCGGCGGGCUGGACUCCCCGCUGCCGGUGAAUACCCUGUCCAGUGGGUCCUCCUCAUUGCGUGCGCGUCUCCGCAUGACCGCGCGCCCGGUGCUGGACAUGACCGCCUUCUCGCCGGCCGUGGCCGCGGCCGCCGAGUCGGUCGGCAUGUCGCCGCGCACGGUGGCCGCCGUGUCCGGGGCCGCCAACUGCUGUCCCGGUGGUCCCGGCGGCGGUGGGGCCGGUGGCAUGGGCACCGGCGCGACCGGGGUCCGGGUCAGUGCCACCACCGCCGAGGGCCUGGCCCUGCGUGCGGCCCGGCGCGACUCGGCCACCCGGCCGGCCGAGUCGUCACCGUUGCGCUCGCGCAGCGGCGUCCGCCCGGCGACCAGCAAUGGUGAUGAUGACGAUGAUGAUGAUGAUGAUGAUGAUGAUGACGAUGCCGGCGGCGGUGGCUGCGUGCAGGGCGCGGCCGAUGCCACGGCAACUGCCCCCAUUCCCGGCUCCUCCUCUUGCUCCUCCUCCUCCUCCUCGUCCUCGGUGGCGGGGGCAGCGGCGGCGGCCGCAGUCGAGGUUGAUACCCCGCCGCUCGGGAGGCUUGGCGGCGACGCCGGCCACCUGCCCGGCCCUGCCGGAGGGUCAGGCCGGCUCUCCUCUUCGGCCCCGGCGUCGACCAUUCCACGGGCUGCAGCCACCUUGGAGGCGGACAUCGCCUCCGGCGGGACCUCGCUCUCGCCGCUGUUGGCCACGCGCCCUGUGGCCGGAUCGUCGCUGUCUUCCUCCUCCUCCUCCUCCUCCUCCUCCUCCUCCUCCUCCUCGUCAGGGGCGGCGGGGGCCACCGGGGAUGGGCCCGUGCGCGGCCGCUACCGCGGCACCACCUCCUCCACCCUGUCGUCGGUUUACGUGCCGCGCUCGCUGUCUCCCCCGUCCUCCGGAUCGCACUACCACGCCGGCGGCCGGCCACGAUCCUUCAGCGGUGCCGCGUCGCUCGACCCCGCCGACCGGCCUCGACCCAGCUCGAUGUACGCCUCGCCGGCUGGCAGCAGUGUCUCCAGUUUCCCGACACCGCCCGCUGAGCCCGGGGCGCGUGCGUCCUCCCCCCCGUCCUCUUCCUCUUCCUCCUCUUCCUCUUCACAGAUCCCCCCCUCCUUCCAGCUGUCGGCUCGGGUGGCCACGGCAUCCGGCGGCGGCGGCGGCAGCAGCAGCAGCAACAGUCUCCGGUCGCGCAGCAUGUCCUUCACCACGGCGCCCGAUCUGGGCUCCGGGUCGGCCGGCGGCGGGGGCGGGGCCGGCGGCGGGGGUGGCGGCCAUGCCGGCACCAGCGGCGGUGGCGGCCACCUGCGGUCGUUGUCCACGUCGUCCUUCAGCGGGUCCGGCUCCCCGGCGGUCGGUGCCGGCACCACCUCCCGGGCCACGAAUGAGACUUACACCCCGGGGUCGCGGCGCAUCUCGGCUCUCUUCGGCGAGCCGAUCAACUUCACCCGGCCCAAGCUCCAGACCACGCAGCCCUGAUUCCCGGGGACGCGGAGGCCAAGAAGCCGGCGCCAGCGGGGGCCGCGAGGCCGGGGGACGUGUACCAAUGGACACGCCCCCUUCUCAUUCCUCCAGCAUCGCACAAGAUGCGCGCAUAUGCUACCUGCUGCUGUUGUUGUUGUGGUUGGCGGUGGAGGCCUUUUUUUCUCUUUUGCUGCACUGCUGGUCUCAUCGAGGCAGAGGGGGAAGUCUCUUCGAGCCCGCUCUUGGAGGAUGCCAAGUGGGCAGGAGGGGAACGAGGG